AGAUUAGGUACCUUUGUAGUUUACUCCAGGCUUUAUCAAUGUAUUAGGUAUUCUUAUUAAUUAACAACUACAACUUCAACUAUCACUUCAACUACAACUACCACUUCAACUACUACUACUACCACUAUCAAUACCACUACACAACGUCACUCUCAUACGUUAAUAACAUUCGCCCGCCGAGAAAUACCUAACUUUUAAUCCCAUAAUUAUAUCAAAACGAGAAAGCCGACGAUUAUAUUAGCGACAAGCUUCAAAUUAUAAGGGAUUACAUUCUUUCUUCACCCCUCUUGCUGCCCAGCAUGUUUCGGGGAACAGCAGUCGGACCUUAUGACGAGUCGAUCGCCAAGGCGACCGACGAGAAUCUCACCUCGGAGGAUUGGGGUGCUAUUAUCGAAGUCUGCGACAAAGUGACAAGCGAUCCAAAUGGCCCCAAUCAAGCAGUUCAGAGUUUAAUCAAGCGCUUGGCGCAUCGCAACGCCAAUGUCCAACUUUACACUCUGGAGCUCGCAAACGCGCUCUCUCAGAACUGCGGUAAGAAUAUGCACCGCGAGCUUGCCAGCCGCGCCUUUACCGAUGCCCUCCUUAAACUUGCCAACGACCGCAAUACACACCAACAAGUCAAAGUCAAGAUCCUCGAAAGGAUGAAGGAGUGGUCUGAUAUGUUUAGCAAGGAUGCCGACCUCGGGAUCAUGUAUGAUGCCUACUACCGUCUUAAGCAGAGCAAUCCGACAUUGCAGCCACCCUCGGCCCCGCAGAAGACCGGUCUUACCGAGUUGGAUCGACAAAAGGAAGAGGAAGAACUACAGAUGGCGCUAAAGCUAUCCUUACAAGAAGAGGACAGAAAAAAGGCACCACAACCCACUGCUUCUGUCGCAGGACCCAGCUCAAGCUCAAGCGUGGGUCCAAGUGCGGCUGCUGCUCCGGUCGAAUCGAUACCCUCUCACCCUACUGGCACGACAGCCGCUACGGUAUCGCGAGUACGCGCCCUCUACGACUUUGUGCCAUCAGAACCCGGCGAACUUGAGUUCAAGAAAGGGGAUAUUAUAGCUGUUUUAGAGUCCGUCUAUAAGGAUUGGUGGCGGGGCUCAUUAAAAGGCAGAACUGGCAUUUUCCCCCUGAACUACAUUGAAAAGCUUGCCGACCCGACUCCCGAUGAGCUCCAGCGCGAAGCGCAAAUGGAGGCCGAAGUAUUUGCCGAAAUCAAGAACGUAGAGAAGCUUCUUACACUGCUAAGCACCUCCAACGCAUCGCCGAGGGAAGAAGACAAUGAGGAGAUAUCAAAAUUAUACCACCAAACACUUGCUAUCCGACCUAAGUUGAUUAAGCUAAUUGAGAAGUACUCUCAGAAGAAAGAAGACUUCACACAGCUCAAUGAAAAAUUCAUCAAGGCCAGAAGAGAUUACGAGUCACUUUUAGAAUCUUCAAUGUCCCAUCCCCCUCAACCGAACUACCACCAGUAUGCGCCGCGACCAAUCAUAACUCACGGAUACGGAGUUCCGGGGGGUCCAGGGCCAGGUCCGAGCUUCGCUCCUCAGGGACCGCCGCCUGGCCAACAGGAACCCCAGAGGUUCUAUACGCCUGGACCUCAAGGGCCUCCCCCACAAGAGCAGAACCGGUACCAGGCUACAUCACCGCCUCCUAAUUUCCCACGGCCAUCAGCAACACCUGCUCCAUUUUAUCUACAAGGAACCGAAAUUCCUGCUCAACCAAGCCAGCCGCAACCUCAGCAAUACCCCCCAAGAGAUCAGCCCUCUCGGAUAGCUGCAGGGAAGCAGCCUGUUCCUCUGCAAACGUCUUCUCCGCCGCCGCCGCAAUCUUACCAAGCGUAUUCUCAACCUGCUCAGCCUGAACAACGGCCUCAGAGCACUUACGGUAAUCCCCAAGAAUUAGCCACAUCAGCCUACGACUCUCCCAUCGCGGCCACCCAUAAUCCCAGCAGGCCUGAUCCCUAUUCCGCGUCAGUCUAUUCUCAGGAAGACCCUUACGCCACAAGCCCAACAGCUACUGCCCCUCCCGCCUCAUUGGGUCCAACACAAGGCGGCCAGCCCCCUCUUGCUAUCGCACCUCACCCUUCAGGACCUGCCCAACCACAGUAUUCGGCAUACAAUCCCAAUGUCCAACGCCAGGACUCGUAUGAUGCUCCUUCUCAGGUACCCCCUCAGCCGACCGGGUCGGCGCCACCUAUCCCGCAGGGUAUCCAGCCGCCGCCCAGCGUGAUGGCACCGCCAUCCCUCCAACCAGGCGGGCCGGCAUUCGAUGCCCGGCAGUCGCUCCCGAGCCAAAUUUCGCAGGGCCCACCGCAGCAGCCUCAGUACAAGGCGUACGUACCACCGGGGAACGAACCUACCGCGCCACAGGACUUCUAUAGGCAAAAUGCAGCGUACUAGUGUAGGUAGAUAACAGAUAUAAUCAAGUAGAUGGUGAUAAGGCCGCAUAUAUAGGGGUUUAAUGGGAAUUCAACCUUUCGGGCCAAAAUCUUCAGCCCGAUUUUCUUUUACUAUGGGCAUCUACUGGUGGAGAGUUUUCGUAACUAGGCGAGGUUGAUUCCCCCCCCGUUCGUUCUAGUGGUUCUAGAGAAGUAGCAUGUUAGGUACCUAAAUAAUGGACGCGGUAUUACAUAUGAGUAACGUACUUGCGGACUUGAAGUGAAUAUGAUUAUAGUAGUGGAGGGUGCUUAAGAAAGGGUGAGUAAGGAGAUAAAAUAAAGCGCAACAAGUUUGCUCUUAGUGAUGAAGACAUGGUCAAGCGUGAUAGGUGUGUGC